AUGGCUUCAGCACACCCCUAUCAACAGCUUGACAUCGAUGAGCGGGUGAAGCGAGUGCUUCUGAAAACACCCCUCAUCGACGGCCACAAUGAUCUCCCCCAGCAGCCACGGUGCUGUUUCAAGGGCAAGAUCCACAACAACCCCAAAUUCGACUUUGCGAAUGGCUUCCAAAGGGGAAUGACGGACAUCCCUCGUUUGAGAGAAGGUGCUGUCGGCAGCCAGUUCUGGUCCGUUUGCGUCCCGUGCCUGCGGUCCGCGGAGAACUUCUCGACGGCAGAGUACUCGACCAUGGCGCGCGAUGCUAUUGAGCAGAUUGAUCUCACGCUGCGCCUGGUGGAGUCGUACCCAGAGACAUUUGAACUGGUGAACGGGCCGAAUGAGGUGAAGAAGAUUUAUGACUCUGGGCGGAUUGCGUGUUCGAUUGGUAUUGAGGGCUUGCACAUGGCUGGUAACAGUAUCGGCAUCAUUCGCGCUUUCUAUCGCCUCGGAGUUCGAUAUUGCACACUCACCCACGUUUGCAACAACGCCUUCGCAGAUUCGAGUACUUCAAAAGUCGGGCCAGUGCAUGGUGGACUGUCCAAAUUAGGACGCUUGGCCCUUGUUGAGAUGAACAGGCUAGGCAUGAUCGUAGACAUCUCCCACGUCUCAGAAGACUGCGCCAAGCAAGUCCUCGAGCUCUCCCGCGCUCCGAUCAUGUUCUCCCACUCUAACGUGAAGGGCGUGUUCGACUGCGCGCGUAACGUCCCCGACCACAUCCUCGACAUGGUCCCCGCAAACGGCGGCAUCGUCAUGGUAACCUUCGUUCCGGAACAUGUCGCUACCCGUCGGAGGGACGCCAAGAUGGAGAUGGUUCUUGAUCACUUGUUCUACAUUGCCGAGCGCAUCGGAUGGGACCACGUCGGCCUCGGGUCCGACUUUGAUGGCAUUGCCUCAGUGAUUCCCGGACUCGAAGAUGUCAAAUGUUACCCAGCGCUUUUGAAGGCCAUUUUGGACCGAGGUGCUACGGAGGAGCAGUUGGCCAAGGUUGCUGGAGAGAACAUCCUUCGGGUAUGGCGCGGGGUUGAGAAGGUGAGAGACGAGAUGAAGGCGGAGGGUGUCUUGCCUGUUGAGGAUGUCUGGGAGGGACGAGAGUGGUGGAAGUAUGACGGCUAUUAUCAGAUGAAGGUUGAUUACGAUGAGGAUUCGGGAGGGGAUUGGUACGGCGUCCCUCCUCCAGACGAGGGUUUGUAUCUUGAUGAUGAUGGCGAUAAACAGUAA